GUCAGUUGAGGGCGACAGAGGGAGGUGUUCCCCCUUUUCCCGGUUCUCAAGAUUUUCCUCAGUCUUCAAUAAACUUUCAUUUUGGGAAGUCCACACAUACACACAGUGACAACGGCGGUCGUCAUCUUGUCCUGCAACAGUUCCCGGGAAAGCCGGACAAGACUUGACUGGACGUUCAUUGUACUUUUCCAAACGCGCGAAAGGAAGAAGGAACAAACAUUUGAAGCGCACAGGUGGAGCUCUUCGGAGCGUCUUUUUGAAAUCUGGUGUCAUAUGAGACUACAGGGACAUAAAGAGACAAGACAAUGACAGAAAGCAGCAUUGCCACUGCAGGUUAAUCCCGAGUUGGUUGUUUUGUUUGUUUCCUGGGACGUUCAAUCCUUGUACGACCCUCUAGAAACACCUGGAAUGGAAAAACUUUUUCUGCUUCGUCUGGACUGUGGCAAAAACUCCCAAGAAAGAAUGAAGUAACCGCAAUGGAGCCGGACAAUGCCCCGUACUCCAAACUCAAAUGCACUGGAGUCGGGGGGAGAUUUCUGAUCCUUUGGACUAUUCUCUGUUGCACCUGCUCUCUCAAGCUAGCACAAGCACAAGAUGUGGAUGUUCUGCUGCAGCUCGGGCUUUCUGGGCGGAGAACAGGUGUGUCGUCAUCCUCAGGCUCCCGAACCAUUCCUAAUGGCAUCAUCCCCUUCAAGUCUGGAGUUAUCCUCACCCCGAGGGCCCGUAUCCAGGUGCCCCUGCGCACCGUUAUCCCAGCGACCUACAGUGCCACCAACCUCUCACUGAUCCUCAGCCUGUCUGUGCAUCGCAUCAACAGCGCCUUCCUCUUCUCAGUUCUGUCCAAGAAAAAGAAGGUUCAGCUUGGACUGCAGUUCGUACCGGGGAAGGUCCUUGUACAUGUGGGGCCGAGGAGCUCUGUGAGCUUCGACUAUGAUGUCCACGAUGGCCAGUGGCACAGCCUGGCUUUGGAUAUCCGAGGCCAGCAGGUGUUCUUACACACUUCUUGUGGAAAGAGAAGUGUACAGAAAGAUUUGCGCUCAAAAAAAGAGGAGGCUCUGGACGCAGAGGGCUCUUUCCUGCUGGGCAAGAUGAACCACAGCUCUGUGCCGUUUGAAGGCGCCAUCUGUCAGUUUGACAUUUAUCCCUCUGCUGAGGCAGCUCAUAACUAUUGUGAUUACAUUAAGAAACAUUGCAGAGAAGCCGACACGUAUCGGCCCAUGUUUGAACCCCUCCUACCUCUCAUUUCCCUGGAUCCAAAUAUUACUGUCACUCAUAUAACUCCUCUGUCAGUGAUGGAGAUAUCCAGAAAGGCUUCCACUUUGGCCUUGACCGAGGAAAGCACCAGGGUUGUUGUUCCAAACGACCGCUUGCUGAUGCUGAACAAAACAUCUGUGAAUCAGACUGCAGACACUCCAGAACGCGUGUCUGCUCCACAGCCUCAUCCAGGGUUGGAAAGUCCGUUUAAUUUUAGGUUUUUAACUCAAACCUCUUCAACACCUCUAAGGACCAGUGAGACACCUCCAAACCCCAAACCAACGUUAUACGGCAGUGCCGGAAAUAAAACAAAGCAAGGGGUUACUCAUUCUCAGGAACCUCCGGGCGAAAGAAUGGAUUUACCUGCCUCCAUCCGACCAUCUGAGAUGAAGCCAAACCUCUACACCACAGCUGCUGUCAGGCCGGGGUCUCCGUCACACGGCGACCUUCAUCGGAUAGAGCCCAUGACAACAGAAGCUCCCAAGGAAUCUGAGCCAAAAGUGCCCGGUGUGCAGGAUGUCAAACCCACCUCACUUAUUCCAGUCACUCCAGCUGCAACAGAUGGCUUCCAAACAUUUGACCUGGAUCCCACCCAAUUCUCGCUGCUGGCUGGAUCACCUGGACCACCUGGAUCGAAGGGAGAACCAGGACCACCGGGCCUUCAAGGACUUCCAGGGUUGCAAGGAAAGCCAGGGAAGAGAGGCCCAAGGGGUCCUCCCGGCCCUCAUGGAAACCCUGGUCUUCCUGGACCUCCCGGUGUGAAGGGACAAAAAGGAGAUUAUGGACUGUCACCUGGUCACGCCCCAAAAGGACCAAAAGGAGAGCCCGGUGUCAUGGGCCCCCCUGGACUGCAUGGCCAUGAUGGACGAAAGGGACAAAAAGGUUAUUCCGGUCCUUCUGGUCUUCCAGGUGAACCUGGUGAACGGGGAGAUGAUGGAAGCCCCGGGGCCAAAGGCUAUCCUGGCAGGCAGGGUUUACCCGGGCCUGUAGGAAAAAUGGGGCCAAAAGGAGUCAGGGGUCACAUUGGCAUCCCUGGACUUUAUGGCUUUCCUGGUCCUGAUGGCGAGAGAGGAAUUCCUGGCGUUCAUGGGAAGAAGGGCAAGAUGGGUAGGCCGGGGUUUCCUGGUGACUUUGGAGAGAGGGGACCUCCUGGCCCCGAUGGGAACCCAGGUGACCUGGGAUCUCCUGGCCCUUGUGGAGUCCUUGGUCUCACUGGAGACAUGGGCCCUCUGGGCAUUAUAGGCUUUCCAGGACCACCAGGACUAAAGGGAGUACCUGGAAACCCGGGGGAACCAGGACUGAAAGGUGAUAAGGGGGAUGUUGGCUUACCGGGGGAGCAAGGGGAGUACGGAUUCCAAGGGGACAAGGGUAUUCGUGGCUUUCCUGGGUUGCCAGGUCCGUGUGGGAAACCCGGUUCGCAGGGCAAGCCUGGUGAAAAGGGCCCAGAUGGUUUAUCUGGCCCUCUUGGCCCAGAGGGUUUCCCAGGUGACAUUGGCCCACCAGGAAAAAAUGGCCCUGAAGGACCCAAGGGAAAACAAGGGACACAAGGUUUGCCAGGUCCAAGAGGAACACCUGGACUUCAGGGCGAUGAGGGACCAGUUGGGCCCGCUGGACCCCCUGGACUCGAGGGCAGGCCGGGGAGGCAGGGAUUCCCGGGACUGACAGGCCCAGAUGGACUCAAGGGCGAGACCGGGAUAACUGGCGAGGUUGGAAAGCUUGGCGAGAGGGGAUUGCCUGGUUUUGUCGGGCCUGUUGGAGAGACUGGCAUCACAGGAGAAAAGGGGGAUCGAGGCAAAACAGGAGCUCCCGGGCCACCAGGUGAAACGGGGCCGAUGGGUCACACCGGUAUACCUGGAGAGACGGGGCCACCUGGACUGCAGGGGAUCCCAGGCCCUUUUGGUUCAUCGGGAUCCAUCGGCAUCAGAGGACCCAAAGGCAGGAGGGGUCUGAGGGGUCCUGACGGCCCAGUGGGGGAGAAAGGGUCCGCUGGAGUGAAGGGCAUUGAUGGUCCACCAGGAAGAUUGGGUCUACCCGGGGUAAUGGGAAAGCUUGGCGAUCCAGGUGAAGCCGGGCCUCAGGGUUUUCCAGGUGUUCAAGGACCCUCCGGACCGCCAGGGGCCAAAGGAAUUGCAGGAGAGCCAGGACCGGCUGGGCCCUCAGGAACGAUUGGGCCACUUGGGGAGAUGGGGCUGAGGGGGCCUCCGGGGAAGGCUGGGGAGAGAGGACUACCUGGUGAAGCCGGAGAGAAGGGUGCUGUCGGCCUGCACGGCAACAUUGGGGAGCAGGGUUUGAUUGGCCAGAGAGGUGAACUAGGCAUUGACGGGGAGGCUGGACCAAGUGGACCUGAUGGAGCCAAGGGAGAUAAAGGGGAUGCCGGUCAAGAAGGCGCUGAAGGAGACAGAGGUGAAAUCGGUCUGAAAGGAAAGCAAGGACCCCCUGGGUCUCCUGGAUUGGUCGGUGUAAGGGGUCAGGAGGGUAAACCGGGCAAAAUUGGUGAAAGAGGAAAGCUAGGAGAAAAGGGUAGCAAGGGUCACCAAGGUCACCUGGGGGAGAGCGGCACAGCGGGUGAGCAGGGAGAGGUGGGCUUCGUCGGACAGAAGGGAGCGAGAGGAACCAUCGGGCUAGUGGGUGCUCCGGGGAGAAUGGGCCAACAGGGAGAACCCGGCAUAUGUGGUUACGAGGGUCACAUGGGACCGCCGGGCCCCCUGGGACCUCCUGGGCCAAAAGGUGAAAAGGGUGAACAGGGAGACGACAGCAAGGUAGAGGGUCUUCAAGGUCCCCAGGGUGACAGAGGUCCGCGUGGAAACAGAGGAGAGAGAGGAGAGCCAGGGGACCCCGGGCACGUUGGUCAAAUUGGUUUUGAUGGAAAGAGAGGUGCAGCUGGUGCCCCAGGGCUUCCUGGACAUUCUGGACCAAGAGGACUACCAGGGCUGAAAGGAUCCAAAGGUGACCAAGGUCAGGAAGGAAAACCAGGAGCCAGAGGUGCAUCUGGGACCAAAGGACCACCCGGUCCAGAGGGUCCUGAUGGCCCUCGGGGAGUUGAGGGCAGGGAGGGACUUGAGGGCCCGUCUGGCAUGGAUGGAAUUUCCGGUAAAGAUGGACCUAAAGCAGCCAAGGGGGAGCAAGGAGAAGAUGGAGAAGUGGGCUUACCUGGCAAACCUGGGCAGUGGGGUCCAACUGGUGUGACGGGGCUUCCCGGAAGUCAAGGCUCCUUUGGACCAAAGGGUGAGAGGGGUCUUCUGGGCCAAACUGGUGCAUCAGGAAAACAAGGUUCUGUCGGCGUGAUGGGGCUGCCAGGAAAACAAGGAGAGCAGGGACCUAAAGGACAACCUGGGGAUACAGGUGAACAAGGAUUUCCAGGGGUGUUUGGCCUUUUUGGACCCAAGGGUCCCCUGGGUGACAUUGGCCCAGCGGGGAUACAGGGACCAAAAGGACCGCGUGGUUUGUUGGGCAUGGAGGGAGCUCUGGGUCCCGUUGGCAUCAUUGGCCCCAGCGGUCAUCCUGGACCCAAGGGUGACAAAGGAAGUCGGGGGGAGACGGGGUUGCAAGGACCAAGGGGAUAUCCUGGCCCUCGUGGACCACCCGGACCACCAGGUCUUCCAAGUUCUGCCUAUUUACUUAGAAAUGAGGCUCUUGGUGCCACUUUUCAAGUCAUCAUCGAUUCCCAUGCAGCACUAAGGCCAGAGAGCGUGGAGAUGCCCAUGUUAGACCAGGGCACAGAGAUCUUCAAGACCCUGCAGCACCUCAGCACUCUGAUCCAUAGUCUGAAGAACCCACUGGGAACCCGGGACAACCCUGCACGCAUCUGCAGAGACCUCUACAACUGUGAGCAGAGGAUGCAUGAUGGCACUUACUGGAUCGACCCGAAUCUCGGCUGCGCUGCGGACACUAUAGAGGUGAUGUGCAACUUCACGGCUGGAGGACAGACCUGCCUGAAACCGAUCACUGUGUCCAAGUUGGAGGUAGGAGUGGGUCGUAUCCAGAUGAACUUCAUCCACCUUUUGAGCACAGAGGCGGUGCAGCACAUCACCAUACACUGCCUGAACACUCCUGUGUGGGCAGCAGGACCCUCACUGCAACCAUCUUCCAGAUCUGUGAGCUUCAAGGCCUGGACGGGGGAGAAGAUUCAGGCCGGGGACCUUCUGGAGCCGCUCAUACCCAGGGACGACUGCUGGAUCAAAGAUGGCCGCUGGCAUCAGACCCAGUUUAUCUUUCAAAGCCAGGACCCGAACUUACUCCCCAUUGUGGCCGUGUUGAACCUGCCGACCUCAGAUGGCGGCGCUCGCUAUCACCUGGAGGUCGGAGCCGCGUGCUUCUUGUGAGGCCAUGAGGGGGGAGGGGGGGAGCUCCUCAAAGGAGUGAUUGCAUGGAGGAGGAUGGACAGGGCUAAUCUUUCUUCUGUGGUUUUCCGGGAACAACAGACCCCUAAUUUUCUCUCCGCAAAAUAUGCUUGGACUGCAGAAACAGGAGGGUGUGGGGGGGUCAGAGCAAGAAGGCCCGUUGAAAAUGCAGAGACUUCUCGCACUAAUCAGCCUAUGGAAAACAAUAAGCUUUCUUUUUCAGAGACUUGUUUGUGUGAUACAAGACCUGAAUGUCUUUUGUUGGUGGGAAGUAAUAUGAACGUGUCUUACUGUCAUCUCUCAGGCCAUGUUGUAUCAUAUUCUCUUCACGGCCUGAGUCCUGAUUUUGAAAAAAAAAACUAAAAUAUCCAAGAGAUCUGUACAGAAAUAUUGAACAGCAGAUGCAAUGAUUCCUUUUUUUAUGUUUGAAUAUUAUUUAUACAUGUAUAUGUACUGUAUAUUGUAAUAUAAAGUGCUAUGAUUAUUGUUCCACACACUUAGGAAUAUACGGUAUCGGCAUCAUAGAAUUGGAGGGUUUCAUCCUCCGAUUCUAAUAUCACUCAUUCAGGUAUACGGCGUGCCUCAGACACACUGUCUCCAGGUAAGUCUUUUUGAGCCUCCAAUAGCUGCCUAGUGCUGAGACCACCCCGGUUUUUAAAAAUAUCCUCACACAAACAACUGCUGUGUGCUAAAUUCCAUGUCAAAAUGGAUCGGAGCUUUCCAUUGUGAAGCGAGAAAAGUGUGUCGAUGCUACCUCGAACUGCGCCUCUCAUCUCGCAGCAACCAAGACGUUACCUGAUAUAUUCUGGGGUGACACAGAGGUGACACUCGGAUGAUAAACUCUUCAUCAAAGCUUCGUCUGUGCUUUACGGAAAAAAGGGAAGACUAAAAUCAUUAAAUUAUAUUUUUUAAAAGGUAGUAUUUUAACAUUUUCAAUAUUCUUUGUGCUGUCUAACUCUAUAAGUUACGUGUUUGUAACUGUCAAUCAUGCCCCUUUUUAUUACUUACAGUGGAUUCUAUUUCAAUUCUGAUUAACUUUCCAGUUCAAAACAAGGCAUCAGCAUAACAUUAGGAGCUUUAAGGAGUUUUCAGUCAGGAAGUGUUUUUCUAAUGAACUGUUCUAGACAAUUAACUGUAUUUUCAGACAUUAACAAAGCUCCUGUAUACUGUUUAUGAAUUUCUCACUCAGAGGUGCAGCAAUGGUGGUUGUUGCCACCAAACUAUAAACUCAGAGGAUUUCCAACAAUACACAACACUACCAUGGCUCACAGUGUUUGCUCUGUACACACACUUUAUGCUGCGUUUAUGAAGUCUAAUGACUCCACAGGCAAUUUAAUAAAAAUUCUGAAACGUUUGUUCAUAA